UUUUGAUAUAAUAUCUAAGUUUUGAUUUAUAACAUUCUUUGACACUAAUCCGAAACAUUCCUGAAAUAUAUAAUAUAGCAUCCGUUAUAUUAAUUACAUGCAUUUAAGCCAGUAGUUUACUUCGGAAAUGUUUGUUUGCCUGAAAAUGACUAUUUUGUCUGUGGAGUUUGUGUGCUGUUCUACAAAAGAUCACAGUGUCAGCUGAUGAAUGAGUUCAGGCUAAAGGGAAACAAGAAGGUGACCAGCUUGACAGGCCAAGGUCACAAUAAGCUUUCAUUUUAUGGAGAAGAGCUGCGCAUUUCUCCAAAACAUCUUAUUUUGUUUCAUCCUGCAGGAAUUGGAACAACAUGAGGAGAGCUGGAGACCGGACUGCAGGAGCUGUCAGGAGUGUUCGAAGGAAAAUGGCUGUCUGCGCUGCUCUGAGCGGCUCUUCCUUUUCCUGAACAGAGAUGGCAUGAGUCACCACGGCUCUUGUCUUCACUCCUGCCCCUCUGGACACUUUGGCCUCCGGGGCAAAGAUCUCAACCGCUGCAUGAAAUGCAAAGCUCCAGAGUGUGAGAGGUGCUUCAACAAGGACUUUUGCACCAAGUGCAAGGGAGGAUAUCUGCUCUUCAAAGGCAAAUGCUUUAAAAGCUGUCCAGAGGGCACAUUUCCUCAGUCCACAGACUGCGUGGAAGGAUGUGUGUUCCGUGUCUUUGGCGUCUGGGGUGAAUGGAGCCCGUGUCAGCACAAUGGCCUGAGCUGUGGUGUCAGAUGGGGGCAGCAGAGCAGGACCCUUGAGCUGUCCAGCAACACGCCUGAAGAGACUGAAGCGUUAUGUCCACUUCAGACUGAGAGCAGAAAGUGCCGGAUGAAGAAAAGGUGUCCAAAAGAUAAAAGGACAAAUGAAAGGAGAGAAGAAAGAAGAAAGGCACAGAAAAUGUUGAAGCUCUCACCCGUCACAGAACCUCCAUGGGGAAUGUAAAGUUCUGGAACGGAAGUCACUUUUAUUCCUUCCUUAGUAAUAUAUAAACAGUUUUUAUAAACAAAAUAUUUUUGUAUAAAUAUUUUAAUUUUAAUAUUGCUACUUUAAUAAUCAGGAUCUGAGAUUGCACAUCUUUUUUAAUGCAGAUCUAUGAAGUUUUGUGUACAUUAUUUUGUUUGCAUUUAUUUUAUUGACAAGUUGGGGAAGCUGUUACCCAAUACUACCGCUUGGCUUAAACCCCCGGUACAGUGUGGUUUAACAAAGACAAGAUCCAUGUUGGACUAUGACACUGUACAUCUGAUGAGUAACAGACGAACAGCUUCAUGUGGUUUGGGCUGUAUCUCCACAGCUUUCUGUACAUGCCUCGGGCUGUUCUGUGUUUUCCAACUACAUACUCUCCUAAUAUUUGCACUUCUUCACUAUAAUUGUAUUAGAGUAAAAAAAAUAAAAAAGACACAGAAAAGAGAUGGCAAAGA